AACUUCCGCUUCCGGUUCUGUCUGACUCUUUGGCUGUAACGAUGAUCGGAGACAUCCUGCUGUUCGGGACGCUGCUGAUGAAUGCUGGGGCGGUGCUCAACUUUAAGCUGAAAAAGAAGGACACGCAGGGCUUUGGGGAGGAAUCCAGGGAGCCCAGCACAGGUGACAACAUCCGAGAAUUCUUACUGAGCCUCAGAUAUUUUCGAAUCUUCAUCGCCCUGUGGAAUGUCUUCAUGAUGUUCUGCAUGAUUGUGUUGUUCGGAUCUUGAACCUUAGGUACAGAACCAGGAACUCACCUUGCCGGAUGCUGAAUCAUCUUUCCUCUAUUGCUGAUGACUUCAAGAAUGUUUUUGACCAGAAAACCGAUGACCUUCCUAGAAAUCCCAGGCUUGUGGUGGGUGGAAAAACAUUUGCAAAGAUGUACACGGUUUCCCAGCCACAUCACUGUUUUCAAAGAUAUUUUCACUUUGGUCUCUGAAUUGGGAGUGCUGUGUACUGAAGGGGUUUCAGGAGGGCUUAUAGAAGGGGCUGUGAUAAAAUUGCAUUCCCCUUAGAUAAAAGAAUAUGUUGAGAUCGUUGCAUAAUAUUGGAAUUCCUCCUAUGCCAAGCUUUCAUAAGAAACCUGUUUCUGGUUAAAUCUUGGUUUAUUUUUAAUAACCAUCCUUUUGGUUAGAAUAAUACAAAUUUUAAGAAAAUCAUUUGUAUCCAGGGAUAUGAGCAGAAGGCUUGGCUUUUAAGUUUAACACAGCCUUGUUUGGGGACAACGUUUAUAAAUAAUGAAGACAUUCCAUGUUGCUUGCUGAGUCUGGCAACAUCUGGACUGGAUCUGUAUGGCCACUCUUUGCAGUUAGUGCCAUUCCCAGGACUUUAAGGAACGGGUUACCAGUUUCUUUGAAACUGGCCUUCCUGUUUAGACACUAGACAGCAAGAGGGAUGAGAUAGUUAUGGGUGAAGUAUUACUGAUUGCCACAGAAGAGGAGUUCAGAACAGAUGGCAGGGUAUGCAAAUGAUAGGAGAAAUUUUGCUUUGUCUUGAAGCUCUUUGUUAAAUAAAGUAACUCUAGAGGCCAUUAAUUGUA